CAUUGCUGUCUCUUCACUCCACUACACUGUACUCACACGCUUUGCUCCGACGCGCGCGAUCCCAAUUGACCUGCACAUCCUUCCGAAAAUACUCCAAUAUGUCUUUCGAAACUACUGCUACGAUCAAUAACUUCGGCGGCAAGCUGUUGAAGCUCACUCACCAGUCCACGGUCAACAAAUGCGAAAUGAAACUCAACCUGUACCUUCCACCAUCCGCAAGCUCCUCGAAACCAAGCCCGGUCCUCUUCUACCUCGCCGGCCUCACCUGCACAGGCGACAACGGCGCCGAGAAAGGAUUCUUCCAGCACAAGGCCGCCGAGAAGGGCAUUGCUAUCGUAUAUCCCGAUACUUCUCCUCGUGGAUUGAACAUCGAGGGCGAAGACGAGAGCUACGACUUUGGCAGCGGCGCAGGCUUCUACGUCGACGCAACCAAGGAGCCAUACAACAAGGGCUACAAUAUGUACAGCUACAUCACGAAAGAGCUCCCCGAAGCCUUGUUCGCGCAAUUCAAAGAGCUGGACGGCAAGCGAGUGUCCAUCACAGGGCACAGUAUGGGUGGCCACGGCGCGCUCACGCUCUUCCUCAAGAACCCGGGCAUGUACAAGUCCGUCUCGGCAUUCGCUCCCAUUUCCAACCCAGUCAACUGCCCAUGGGGGGAAAAGGCGUUCUCAGGCUACUUCGGUGCGGACAACAAGGCGAAGUGGAGCGAACACGACGCUACGGAGCUUCUGCCCAAGUUUCCCAACGAAACAGAUAUCCUCAUCGAUGUGGGCACCGGAGACAACUUCUACAAGCAGAAGCAGCUGCUGCCGGAGAAUUUGCAAGAGGCGGCGAAGAAGGCGGGCAAGAAGGUCAACGUUCGCUUCCAGGACGGCUACGAUCACAGCUACUUCUUCAUCAGCACUUUUGCGGACGACCAUGUGGAGCAUGCGGCCAAGUACUUGCUGGCAUACAGCGGGUGA